CUCAGGCUGCGGAGCGCUUCCUGGAGGAGCUGAGCGCCGCCCGGCCUCACCCCCUGUCCACACACGCAGGCUCCGGGAGGUGUGGUGAGGGGGCUUCUAACCAGCCCCCUUCCAGCACCCCCUCACCUGCCCAGCGUGUUGCAGAAGCCAUGUCCCCGAGCCCUUUCCCCUUGGUGGAGCAGUGGUGGUUGGGGGCAGCCAACCAAGCCAGACAGGUGGGCGCCCAGCGGGCCCAUGUCUUCCAGCGGAAAGGUAAAGAACAUACCAGGUGCGCUGGCGGACAUGCGCGGGAAGCUUUCCCUGGAGCUGAGGGCCGGCACGGCCUCCUGGUUCGGCUCCUUCCUGUUGGUUCAGCAGGCGUUCGUGGUGGGGACUCCUGAGGGAAGGCAGGGCCGAGGACGGCGAGGGGAGGAGGGAGUCUCCCAACCUGUCCCUGGGCUCUGGCCCCCUGCCCUUCCCCCCGGCUCGUGGAGGGGAGGGCGUUGAGAUUCUGCACCCCGUUCCCUUCUGACCCGCCAGGCACAGCACAGUGGGAGGGGCGUUGGCAGCCCCGGCUCCCUAGGCGAGGGAGGAAGCCAGGGGCAGGGGGCUGUGGAGGAGGAGAGACCCCUGGGUCCCGGUGGGCACCUUAUCAGCGGGUGCCAGGCAGGGCCAUCCCCAGGGUGGGGGCAGCAUCUCCCUGGGCCCUGUUAUCAGUCCCGGAGUCCACAGGACGCUCCUCGGGUUAACGUGUAACCACACGCCAUCCCCUCCACCCUCAAAGCCACCGGUGCCCACAUGCAGGCCACUUGGGGUGGGUCGCACGUUGACAUGGACACCGGGAAAGCGGGGCUGCCUGGAAAACCUCGCUUUUCAGCUCAACAGGCGCAUGUGGGCAGGUGGCUGAGCCCGUUCUUCCUCACCUGUGCUGUCUACUUUCUCCUCUGGAGCCCUGAGAACCAGCCGUCCUGGGUCGGUGCCCUGAUCAAGUGCCUGCCCAUCCUCUACCUGGUGGUGUUCCUGUGGACUGUGUACCCCGGCGGGGGCUACAGCCUGCUCCUGCAGGGGGCCCUUCUGUGCUCAGCUGUGGGGGACUCCUGCCUCGUCUGGCCUGAGGCCUUCCUCCACGGCAUGGCUGCCUUCGCCGUGGCCCACCUGCUCUACCUCUGGGCCUUCGGCCUCACUCCCCUGAAGCCUAGCCUCCUGCUGCCUAUUCUCCUGGCUUCCGUCCCAUAUUAUGGCCUCCUGCUUGGGCACCUCCCGCCUGACAUGGUCCUGCCCCUGACAGCUUACUCCCUGGUCCUGGCCGCUAUGCUGUGGCGUGGCUUGGCCAGGGGCGGGAGUACCCGCUGGGGCGCCCUGCUCUUCACGCUUUCAGAUGCCGUGCUGGCCUGGAACAUCUUCGUCCAUCCCCUGCCCCAUGCCCACCUGGUGGUCAUGACCACCUAUUACGCUGCCCAGACCCUCAUCGCCCUGUCGGCCUUCCAGAGCCCCAGGCUCAAGUCCAACUGACUAGGGGCUGAGGCCGGCAGACGUCCACCCCCCUCCUCCCUCAAGGACCUGGGCCCCCACGACCAGUGAGGCCAGAGAAACACCCUUGGGGGUGAGAGCCAGGCCCCCAGACUCCCAUCUGCCGGUGCCAGUCUUAUCUGGAGACACAGAACUGUUUCUGGAAUUCCGAAUCCACCGCCACGUUCCCACUGCCUUCCCUCGGUUCCGAUUCCAAAUUCCAGGCCCCUCAACCAGACCCACGUUGGGCCCUCCCCAGCCCCCUGCCUGCUUCUGUAAUCCCACAUGGUCUCCAUGUGUGCCUGCCCCUUCCCUCUGGCCCUGAUCUAUUUUUCUGUUGCCUAAGUAAAGUGGGUGUUGAAAUGGU